GCAUUCAAUUUUAAAUAAUCACCAAAGAAGUGAAACAAGUGUAAGAUUCAUAAUAGAAAAACAAAGCGGCACCGGCAAUGGCGACACCGGGAGUCGGAAUGUUGGACGGCGGAGUCCCAACGGCGCAACCACCCGGAACUGACAUGACCGGAAUCUGCUUCCGAGACCAGUUAUGGCUAAACACUUACCCUCUCGAUCGUAACCUCGUCUUCGAUUACUUUGCUCUGUCACCGUUCUACGACUGGACUUGCAACAACGAACAAAUUCGAAUGCGAUCUCUUCACCCACUCGAUCCAUCUCAACUCACGAAAAUGACGGGUAUAGAGUAUGUGCUGAGUGAAGUUAUGGAACCUCACCUUUUCAUUAUUCGGAAACAGAAGAGAGAUAGUCCUGAUAAAGUUACUCCAAUGCUUGCUUAUUACAUCUUGGAUGGGUCAAUUUAUCAGUCUCCGCAGUUAUCCAAUGUUUUUGCUGCUAGAGUAGGAAGGGCACUUUAUUAUAUUCAAAAGGCAUUUACUACAGCUGCCUCUAAGUUGGAAAAGAUUGGAUAUGUUGAUACUGAAAAGGAGACUACAGUGCCGGAACCGAAGGCCGCUAAGGAGACAAUUGACUUAAAAGAAAUCAAACGAGUGGAUCAUAUUCUUGCAUCUUUGCAACGCAAGCUUCCGCCAGCUCCACCUCCACCACCAUUUCCAGAAGGGUAUGUUCCGCCUUCAACAGCAGAAACUGAGAAAGGUCCUGAAACUCAGGAAGCAACUGAGUCGCAAGCACCUACUGUUGAUCCAAUAAUUGAUCAAGGACCUGCAAAAAGAAUGAAAUUUUGAGAUAAAAGGAAAACAGCAAGAGAAGCUGAUUAAUGUGUAUUCCUUCCAGGAAGGCCUAGCUGAAAUAUGGUUAACUUCGAGUUUUUCUCCCCAUGAAUGUACAUAAAUCUCUGAUAGGCUCACUGUGGAUGGUAACAAAUUUUAACUUUCCAUUCUCAAUAUAUAGACUGACAGUGUAAACAAUAUCAAUUUUCAUUGGAAAUUUUCUAUCCA